UGGUCCACUUAGCCUCCAGCGGCCCCUCAACCCGAAAAAUCGAUUGAAGGGACGCGCCCGCAAAGCGCCAACCUACCUGCCCGGUUGGGAGAGGGAGAGGGAGAGGCGGGGAUGCUCUUUUUAAAGGGGUUUUCUGCAAGGACGAUUGUGGCUGAAGGUAAGUUGAAUGCUUAAUUUCUUCAAAAUUUGACCCCGCGCCACGUUUUUCUACGAGUGGCCACUGUGUCAAAAAGUUACAGAGAACAACUCUAUAUGAGAUUGCGUUUUCGCAUAACCAGCUUCGAGAGAACAGAGAGGGAAAAGCGAAUGGUGCCAUCAACCCGUUAUACCAAGGCCACAGCAAUGGCAAAUUUGAGCAUGAUGUUUUUUUUUUAUUUACGUAAAGUUAACCUAGUGCCACUAAUGGGUGGCUUUUAGAAAGACUGAAAAAACGCAAGGAAGAGAGCCAGAGAGGCCCUCCCUUGUUCCGAUAUCCGCCAGCUCGCCUCAGCCCUUGCGACGCAUCCAGUUGCGCUCAGGGAACUUAGGAAGGUGACGAACCAGAUGAGGAAUACGAUUUAUGGCCGUGUCGGUGGCUCGGGUACUGUAGCAGUCUCGUCAUCACAGACACAUGGGACCCAGCUGCUUGCAGAGGAGAGGAGACAUUUCAUUCGUGCUCUCAUUCAAGUUUCGAAUUUCAAAUUUCUUUCUUCUCUGUCCGUCCACCUCCCAGGCAACUCCUGCCACCUUUCUCUUCGGUAAAAUGCCCGACCCAUUUGAUUUUCUUUCUGCAAUAAAAAGUUCAUAAUGGCUUUCAAGGAGUCAAAACUGUUCAUCCCCUCUUGUCACUAUCAAAAAAAUUUGAAAACUAUGACGUUUGCACAUGUAGAUGCACGAAAUCUCUACUUCCAGGGAGAAGAAGUGGCCAAAAAUCCCCAAAUUUCGAAGCCCCCCUCUGUCCCUCUCUUUUGCUUUUUCUUUUUGCCUUUGCUCGCUCGCUCCUCAGACUCCAAACUCUCCUCCUCCUCCUGUAAUGUAUAAGAAAUCAAGCUAAGAGAGCAGAGGCCCUCAUUACCCACAGCACAUACUCUCUCUCCUCUUCGCCACCAGUGGCAUGCUCUAGGCUCCCCGCCUCGCUUGCUCGCAAAGAAAAUCUGAUCAGUCCCCAGGUUACGCUGAACAGAGGUGACUGCCUUGGCUUUCGUUAGCUGGGACGGAAAAUGGCUGGCGACGUUGAGAUGCCAACUGCAUUCUCGUCAUUGACAGCUGACUCGGAGUUCAGGAACUCCGCGGAGACAAUCGAUGACUUGAAUUGGCGGAUUGCGGCGUCCAAGCUUGCUCUCGACAACCAGUUGAGGAGGAAGGAAAAGAGUGCCGUCGACAUUCAAAGGAGGCCUUCCUUCGCAGAGGCACUGAAUCCAGAGAAGGUGGUCAUCCGCCCACUGCCGCAAUUCGGCAACUUGGAAUGGAGGCUUGGCAAUAUCUCCACCAAGAAUUCGUUAAUGGCCCUCCCCGAGAAUUCUGGCUCUCCUGCCACCGACAGGUGGUUUAAAACGUUGCCAUCGGCAGAGGUGCUCCCAAGAAACGAAAUUCUCGGUGGAUAUAUCUUUGUCUGCAACAAUGACACCAUGCAGGAAGACCUCAGGAGGCAACUCUUCGGUCUGCCUCAGAGGUACAGAGAUUCCGUGAGGGCGAUCACACCUGGGCUACCUCUUUUCCUCUACAACUAUACAUCCCAUCAAUUACAUGGGAUCUAUGAGGCUGCGAGUUUUGGAGGUUCGAACAUCGAUCCAACGGCUUGGGAGGACAAGAAGUGCAAGGGAGAAUCCAGGUUUCCUGCCCAAGUGAGGAUUCGCAUCAAGAAGCGUUGCAAGCCGCUUGAGGAGGACGCCUUCAGGCCUAUACUCUACCACUACGAUGGCCCGAAAUUCCGUCUGCAGCUCUCAGUUCCAGAGGCGAUCGCAUUGCUGGAUUUGUUCACGGAGGACGAUAAAUAGGAGCAAGAACCUAAAAAAGUAGCAGAAACAUUACGUAACUGUGCUUAUAAGGAACGAGCAUCAUUUAUACUUUAUACGAUUGGUGUUGCUUGUCCCCACGGGAAAAUGUAAUUUGAGUUAAAAUUGCGGUUCUGAUGGUAGAACUGGCAAAAUAUAUAUUGUAUGAGUUUGCAAGGAAAAGGAAAAAAUUGAGGCCCCCACUUUUUGAUAAGAA